AUGUUUCAGGGCUCAAGGAAAGUAGUCGUCUUUAGCUUAGUUCUGAUUUGGGUUUUUAAAUUCCAGUCCCCGCAAGUCACCAUGCUUCUGAUUUCGCCUUCCUGUAGAGGUGUUUAUGCUCAGACCCUUGAUUUCUCUGCCAGAGGCUCUUACGCACUUUGCUUUCAGAUUCCUACUCCGAUCCGUAAAAGGGAGUGUUCUUCAAUGAAAUUGGGAGCUUUUAUUUGUUACAAUCAAAAGCCUAUAGAGAACACAACUUUCAAGAGACGGCAUGUAUUCACACAGAACGUGGAUCUUCCUCCUAUCUUACCAAAGAACAAGAAGAAACCUUACCCUGUUCCUUUCAAGCAAAUUCAAGAAGCGGCUAGGAAAGACAAGAAACUUGCCCAGAUGGGCAUAGAGAAACACUUGGAACCUCCCAAAAACGGACUGCUAGUCCCUAACCUUGUUCCUGUGGCCAAUGAAGUUAUAGAUAACUGGAAGCUGCUGAUCAAGGGUUUAGCACAGCUUCUCCUUGUUGUUCCCGUCUUUGCUUGCAGUGAAUGCGCAGCGGUUCAUGUGGCAAGUGCUGGUCACAAUAUCAGGGAAUGUAGUGGUCCAACAAGUGCAAAGCGACGUGGUUCACAUUUAUGGGUGAAGGGAACCAUCAACGAUGUUCUCAUUCCGGUUGAGUCUUACCACAUGUAUGACCCUUUUGGGAGACGGAUAAAGCAUGAAACCCGGUUUGACUAUGAAAGAAUCCCUGCUCUUGUUGAGCUAUGCAUCCAAGCUGGAGUCGAGAUCCCAGAGUAUCCUUCACGGAGAAGAACACAACCGGUUCGAAUGAUCGGGAAGAGAGUGAUCGAUCGAGGUGGAUAUGUCAGAGAUCCUGAUAAGCCUUGCAGCUCAACAUCGUCAUCUGCAUUAGCUGAUCUUGACACACUUGGUGCUUGUCAAAGGUAUCCACCUCCGACACCAGAGGAGAUACCUAAGAUAGCGCAAGAAACAAUGAACGCUUACGAGAAAGUGAGACGGGGAGUGACGAAACUGAUGAAGGAGUUCACUGUGAAAGCGUGCGGAUAUUGCUCUGAAGUCCAUGUAGGACCAUGGGGACAUAGUGUGAAGCUGUGCGGAGAGUUUAAACAUCAGUGGAGAGACGGGAAGCAUGGAUGGCAAGAUGCUCUUGUGGACGAAGUCUUUCCUCCAAACUAUGUAUGGCAUGUGAGAGACCUUGAAGGAAGUCCUCUCACAGGAAAUCUCAAGAGGUUUUAUGGUAAAGCCCCUGCUUUGGUUGAGAUUUGUGUGCACAGUGGAGCUCGUGUUCCGAAUUUUUACAAGGCCAUGAUGAGGCUUGACAUCAUCGUUCCUGAUUCAGAGGAAGCAGACUUGGUCGCAUAG